AUGAUCCAGUCCCUCCCCGGCAUGUCGUCGUCGGAGGACCAGGACCGCGCCAAGUCCCGCUCGAAGAACGGGGCGGCGCCCGGCAAGUCGAGUUCGGCGAGGGCCGCGGCGCCCAGCAAGUCAACUUCGGCGAGCACGGCAGCGGCGCGCGCCAAGUUCAGCUCGGCGUCCCUGCCCGUGGGCGGCAAGUCCCGCUGGUCCGACGUCGGCGUGGCGCCGUUCCAGGACGGGCAGUACGUGCGUCUCCUCAACCGCGGGCGCGGCGGGUACCUCUUCGCGGACGAGACGGGGCGGGGCGUCUCCGUGGACCGCCGCCGCGAGAUGGCCAACACGGCGUGGGUGGCGCAGGUGCUCGAGACCGACACCAACUACCACGUGCUGCUCCGCAGCGCCUACGGCCGCCACCUCGCCGUCACGCGCGCGCCGGCGCCCGAGGGCCACGUCGGCUGCGGCGCCGCGCAGUGCGCCUUCGACGGGCCGGACGACGCCCACGUCAUGUGGUGGACCACCCCGGGGAAGGGCGGCAGCGUCGUGCUGCUCCACGGCACGUCCGCCAACCUCAGGGCGCUCCGGGCCAACGGGCGGUACCGGCGGUGGCACAGGGGCGUCACCGUCGAGGCCAUCAACCGCUCCCGCGUCACCUCGAUGAUGGAGUGGGAGGUGGAGGUCAUCCCGCUGAGGGUCGAGAGGCCGCCGUACCAGCUGCGACCAGGAGGCGCCGAUGCUCUAUGGCACCCAGGUUCUGCAGAGAAGAUGGAAGUCAAUUGCGCUGUGGCAGAUGAUAACGGCAGCACCGAUGGCCGGGGCUGGGAAACUAUCCAGUUCCGUGGCAGGAGUCUGAUGGAGCUGGGCAAUGAGUUGGCACAGCGGUUGGGCGACGGCGUCAGCUUCCAGGACAUCACCCUCUUUAUUCAGGCAGGCAACCUUGGGCAGCCCACGCUUCUGCUCACCGACCUUCCCCAUAGAGACGACCGCGUUGACAUCGUGGUGUUCAGGGUUGGUACAGCAGGGCACGACCGACUACUGUUUCCAGAUCUUGAUGCUGAAUAGAAGAGAAUGGUGGGAUCUGCAAACAAUUCUUCCCCUGGAUAGUACUGUCAACUCCUUCACUAUUUUACAGCACAGUGAUGGCCUGACAAGGAUUAGCAGUUCACUUUUCUUAUAGAACAGUCAGUUAGUUUAUGAAACAGUGCCAAGUGAUGCACCCUUCUUUGUUACCUCACUUUUGGAGCACCAGGAGACGAUGCUGUUUGUUUUGGUGUUUUUUGAGACUUCGGAGAAAUUAAUCGCUGCUGCUUGCCUGUAGGAAGAAUAUGUGUUAAAAGUGCCUAUAGUUGAUUUCACUCGUUCUUUAUAUCUGUUGAACGCGACAUUCUUACUCUCGAAGUCGUUGAUUGCAUUAUUCA